AAAGACAAGAGAAAGUAAUAAACACUGGAUUUGGUGGGAGUGCUGAAACGCGUCCCAAACCCACACAAGGUUUCACUGACGGUGACGCUUUAGAUCACGUGGUCCUGGAUACGCACGCCGUAUAUCUUUUCCGUUCCCGUUCGGCUGGUCAUGUCGACUCGACAUAAACAAGACCAAAGGGGCCAUUGUACUGGUUGUGGUCACUGCCGAGUUUUUACCAGUACAGCCGGCGCAGUCGAAGAAAAAGGUUCGACUUUCUGGUCGCAACUGGCAUUGAUUGGAGUUUCUUUGUGGUGUUAUUUAUAUGCAUAUUUAUUGUGGAUGGUUUAAUUUUUUGUAUCGGUCACAGAUCAUCUACAAGGUUUCCAGUCAGCUGCUAAAAACAUCGCUUGCACAGUGGAGGGUGUCCCCGAAAAGCCGAGGAGGAGCAUGAGCCACCGCAACCUCUUCACCCCCGUUCCUCGUACCUGAGGCCCCUCUUCAGCCUGGCAGUCACCCCUUGCACAUUUUAACCUCCCCAGCCAUGGCCAGCAAGAGGAAAUCCACAAUACCAUGCAUGAUCCCCCCAAAAAUUACCCACUCCCCCCAGAACCGGGACUCUUCUCCCUCAGACCCCCCGCCACCCACCACCAAGAAUGGUGCAUCCCGGGAGGGCAGGGAGGAGGAGGAAGAUACUAUACCCACUGCUGUAACCACCAUUGUGAGAGCCCCGGGAACAAUGGACUGCAGCCAGUCCUCCUGGCCUGAAGAUGGUGCUGUUCCACAACAUGGAGGGGACUCCUACACCUGCCAGCCUUGCCGCUUUGAGUCCCGGGACCUCAACCUGUUCCUGGACCACGUGUACAGUGGCCACCCUGAAUUCCGUGCCGACCCCACCUUCCACUGCACAAACUGUGGGGUUUCCUCUCCUAAAUUCGAGGGGCUCGCGCUACACAACGCACGGGCACACCCUGCCUUGGGCGCGGCGGGUAGCUCCACCACUGCCGCCCUGCAGGUGAGGCGACGGGAGCGGCGGAUUCGGGUGGAGCAGAGCCUGGUCACCGGGGAGGGGACGCGGGAAGCGGAGAUCUCCAUCACCAAGACGCCCAUCAUGAAGAUGCUGAGGGGGAAGUCGGAGCACAAGCGCAUCGUGGUGUCCCACGUGGGGGCGGCCGACGAGCCGGGCGCGGAGGCGGGGAGAAAGGACCCCCAAAUGGCCAUGCCCCCCCCAACCGUUGUGCCCCCACCCGCCAGCGUCACUCACAACGGGACCGCCUGCAAGGCGCCGGGCCAGCUCCCGUCGGCCAUACAGAUCGUGAACGGCUCGGGUGCGCUGCCCCUGCUGAAGACGGCCAUCAGCCAGGUGGUCACGGUGGUGCAGAACCGCAUCCCGCACCAGUCCGCCCCCAUCACCGUCUCUUCCUCCUCCUCCUCUUCCUCCUCCUCCUCCUCCUCCAGCGCCUCCUCCAGGAACCUGCCCAAGGUGAUGAUCCCACUGAGCAGCAUCCCCACCUACAAUGCCGCCAUGGACUCCAGCAGCUUUCUCAAGACCUCCUUCAGCAAGUUCCCGUACCCCACCAAGGCUGAGCUGUGCUACCUGACCGUGGUCACCAAGUACCCCGAGGAGCAGAUCAAGAUCUGGUUCACCGCCCAACGGCUGAAGCAGGGUAUCAGCUGGUCGCCGGAGGAGAUCGAGGACUCCCGUCGCAAGAUGUUCAACACCAUCAUCCAGGCGCCGUCUGGCGGGCAGUCCCAGAUGCCGCAGAUGCGCCACGCCCACCAAGCUCCUUCCCACCACACCAUCACGGUCCUGCCGGGCGGGGUGCCGCAUAUCCUGCAGGGCAGCCUUGUGGGGCAGGGGGGCAUGAUCGUCACCCAGCCCGUGAUCACCAACGGCCUGCAGGUGAGCAGUGCCCCUGUCACCCUGGCUGUGACGCCCCGCCCGCAGCCCCGGCCUCAGAUGCAGGCCCGGCCGGCCGCAGCAGUGGGGGGCGAUAAGAGCGGCGCUGUCGGGGGCAGCAGCCGGGUUCCCGGAACGGCCUUUACCAGCGGUAACGGCUUCACCAGCAGCAAUAGCCUUAACAGCAUUAUCACCAGCAGCAUCUGCAGUAACAGCACCAGCAACGGUAGCACCAGCAACAGUAGCACUGGCAAUGGUAGCGCCAGCAACAACACUAACAACGGCAGCAAAGCCAACGCCAGCAACGCCGCCAGUAAAACCAAUGGCGACGGCCGUGGCAAAAUGGCCGACUCGACUGCCGUGGUCGCAGCUUCAGCCAUCCUCAGGGGGGCGCCCAGUUCUCGAACCCUCCCCAGCAGCUUCCUGGACCCCAGCUUCUACAAGAGCAAGAAGUCCGCGGAGCAGCUCGGGACUCUGAAGCAGAGCUUUGUGCGCUGCGAGUUUCCCGGGCAGGAUGAGGUGGAGCGGCUCACCAAGCUCACUGGCCUGACCGUGCGCGAGGUGCGCAAGUGGUUCAGCGACCGCCGCUACCACAACCGCAACCUGAAGGGCCCGCGGUCGAGCACGGGAGGGGUGCCGUUCACCGGGGGCACCCUCCUCGACCUCACCGACAGCCCCUCCGCUGCCGGGAGCCCCCAGUCGCCCCUGGCGACCGCGACCGUGGCGACGGCCAGUGUGGCGCGGCGGGCUCCGCUGUCUCAGAUGGCAGAUUUUACCGCCGUGCGCUACAAGGAGCGUGACCCCCAGCAGGUGCGUGCCCUGGAGGCCAGCUAUGCCCAGGACCCCCUGCCCUCCACGGAGGAGGUGGACCGACUGCGCACCGAAACCAAGAUGACCCGCCGCGAGAUCGACGGCUGGUUCUCCGAACGCCGCAAAAAGGCCACGCCAAAAAGGAAGAGAGGCGAGGGAGAGCCGCAGGAGGAGGAGGAGGAGGAGGAAGAAGAGGAGGAUGAUGGAGCAGAGGGGAAGAGCGACCCGGAUGACCCCUUGCAGGGGACGUCGACGCAGCAGAGCGCCAAGGACAAUGAGCUCAAGGUCAACCCCAUCAAAAUCAAUUUGAAAAUGCUGAAGGUGACCAAACCCGACCCAGAGUCUGGAGCCCAGGUGGAGCGCGAGACGGACAGCCCCAAAUCGCAGGCCCCGGCCCUGCCCCCGUUCACCUCCGGCCGGGGCAAGAAGACGGCGGAGCAGCUGCACCUCCUCCGGCAGGUGUUCGCCCGCACGCACUGGCCCAGCAGCCUGCAGUACGACCAGCUGAUCGCCCGCACCGGCCUGCCCCGGCCGGAGGUGGUGCGCUGGUUCGGCGACAGCCGCUACGUCUACAAGAACGGCCAGCUGAAGUGGCUGGAGACCUACCAGCACGCCGCGGCCGCCGAGGAGAAAGAGGAGGGGAAAGACGAGGAGCAGGAGGAGGAGGAGAAGGAGGACAAGGAGAGGGAGGAAGAGGAGGAAGGAGAGGGAGACACUACAGUGCCGAAGGACCAGGGGAAGCUGGAUAAAGAGGAGGCCCCAGGAGCAGGGGGACGGGCGGCGGAGAGCAUGGGGGCGGAGGACGACGAGGAGGAGGAGGAGGAGGAGGAGGAGGAGGAGGAGGAGCAGGACCAAGGUGCGGUGAAGAAGGCAGCGGAGCAGGACCGGAGCAGUCCAGCCUGUGGAGACGGGGAGAGAGAGGGGGAGGGUGCUCCGGUCGCCGUGGUGCAGUUCGCCAAGCCCAGCCCCGCCGCCUCUUCGCGGGAUGGGUCCCCAGGACUCUGAGGUGAGGACAGAAUGGCCGGAUGACGCUGGUUGCCAAGGAAACGAGGGGCGGCUGGUUUUCUGAAAGCGCCGGGGAUGGCUGUAGGGGGGUGUUUUUAAAAUGACAACAGCUGUGCAUGUGAUGGGAUUCAUAGACUUAAAUCCUGAAAGAAAAAUCCCUCCCUCCUCCACCUCCCACCAUCAUCUGUCCAGAAAAGCUGAGGGGGAGAAAGCAAACAGGAAAAAAAAAAAAUAGAAACGGGGCAUAGAGCUCUGUUGCCGAUUGGAGUGGCUUUUGUCAGACCAAGCCAACAUUUUUUGGGGGCACGUGGAGGGGGGGAAGCCAGUUUACAUGAAAGAGAACACGCACAACGGUUGUACGGAUCUCAGCCAAUCACAUCAGUGCUGCCCGGGGGAUUAUGGGAAAUGAUGUUAGGUUGUGGACUUAAAAUGUGAUGGGGAAAUAUGGGCCUAAGACAACAGAGAAGGAUGAGGGCGUGAGGAGCGAGAGGACGUUUUGUUUGUUGUAUUUCUUACUUUUAUAGCAAACAGUACAUCAGCACAGCCUUGAAUUCUAUUUCUUCUAUUUGUCUUCUCAUAUUUGUAAAAUUUAGGUUUAUAACAUUUUUCUUCUGUAAUCGAUUACUGUCAGUCCAGAUAUAUUUGUGUACGUAUUUAGCGGAUCACUCCAUCAAUAUCAAUUUUUUUUUUUUUUUUUUCUUGCACUAUGUUGGAUCUGGUACCCAGUGGUAAUGUUAUGCUGAAAUCAUGUUAACUUGAGGGAGCCUUUGAUUGUACAAUGAACAAGCAACAGGCAAACACUAUUACACAGAUCACUUACACAUGCACACUCACACACACAUCACACAGCCUUUCAGCUGUCAGAAAAAACAAUUUGAACAUAAUUGUUGAGAUGUUGAAUAGUCUAUUUAACAUAAGAGUGAUAAAAACAUGUUACUCCAGCAGACUGGCAGUGCGGAAUAAAAUCUCGCAGAUGCAGAAUAAGAGAAUAAUGAUCAACCGACAAAUGCCCUGCAUUCUGUCAACUAAUCGAGAGCUAACAUUAAAGCUUUAUAUCAACAGCCUUCCUGAGCCACACAAAGUAUACACUAAACAGUAAUUCAGCAUUUUUCAUAUUUUCUUCUGGAAAUUGUGAAAUUGUUAAGUGAAAUGGGAGGAGCUUUGUUGCCAACACUAGCCAACCAUGCAUCCGGUGGCCUUUAAAAAAAAACAAAAGAAAACAAUAAAAAAAUGUCACGAGCAUGUUGGAACCAAAAUGUCCAUCGUUUCCGUAUUGGUUCGCGAAAUUUGCAAAUAUUGCUGGACUUGCAGAAUUCUGUUAUGACUGCGCAAGACAAUUUGUCAACUUAGUUUUAUCAGAAUUACUGAAACCUAUCCGUCGCUUUAUCAUUUUUACGUCUGGAUCUUUGCAAAAUAAAUGAAAUGCAACAA